GGACUUUUGGCUACCAAAAAUGGGGUCCUCCCGAAUUAUAGCGGGUGGGACGCCGCCGUCUUCAUAGACGCGUGUAAGCUCUACAGACUCGGCACAGUCAGGCUAGACAGCAAGAAAGCAAGUAUGGAGACCUUGGGUUACGAGAACGUGACGCCUAUGGACACUGGCCCGCCUCCCCUACGAGGAGACGUGUGCGUCUUGGGCCGGAGAUACAGCCUACCUGGAGAAAAGGCGCAGCUGACAAGGGACGUGAAGAGCAGACUAUGGUUCACAUACCGAAAGAACUUCAAGCCAAUUAGUGGUACAAGCAUCACUUGCGAUCAGGGCUGGGGUUGUACGCUGCGAUGUGGACAAAUGGUCAUGGGCAACGCCCUCCUUUUCAAACACCUCGGGAGAGACUGGAAGUGGUCGGCUGAUGGACAGCACUUGAUGAACCCUACCUACAUGAGGAUACUCAGGAUGUUUCUGGACAGGAAGGACAGCGAAUACAGCCUGCACAUGAUCGCUCAUCAAGGUGCAGAUUUUGGUCGACCUAUAGGACAGUGGUUUGGUCCAAACAACGUGGCACAGGCUCUCAAGAAGCUCUCAACUCAUGACUUGUGGUCAAAACUGGCAGUUCACGUUGCCCUGGACAUGGUCGUUGUCAUGGACGACAUUAAGGAGUUAUGUCGCCAACCUCACCAGACGCCGAGAGAAGUCCCCGUGGAAUUAGCCGAGUGGGAAAAGAGGCGGAGCCAAACAACUCCGAACGUCUCUCUCCCUCCCUCUCUUUUGGACGGUCCCCAGGGGGACGCCCCUGAAUCAGGGGGUCGUUCGGACGAACCCCUUCGGCGCCAACCCCACACAAUUAGCGGGGCAGAGGGAACGAGACAUGAAGUCAGAAGAGCGGGGAAGAAAGGGUUAAUGAACGGAACGGAGCGUCCGAAGAGGUCGCCGUUUCAAAGACUGGCCGGCAGACGAAGAGGCAAGAAGGAAACUUUCAUCAGGUCUGCCGAUUUCGAUCAUGUCGGACAGAAAGACUCUUCCAGCUCAGAUGAAGGCGACGAUGAUUGCGUCCCUGAUGAAGUGGGCAGAGCCAAGGGGUCAGAGUUCAGAUCCCUCUUGCUCUUCAUUCCUCUACGUUUGGGUCAAGACAAGUUUAAUAUGGAGUACAAGGAAGCCGUAAAGGCCUGUCUAUCUCUCCCCCAAUCAGUCGGGAUAAUUGGAGGAAAACCACGCCACGCCCUCUACUUUAUCGGUCACCACGGCGACAACUUGUUGUACCUCGAUCCCCAUACCACCCAGUCGGCCGUGUCGUGUUCCGAUACCUCUGGAAUGGUCCCGGACCACAGCUACCACUGCAGCCAACCCGACCGAAUGAACGUCGGCGAACUCGACCCUUCUGUUGCUCUGGCGUUCUUUUGUAGAGAUGAAAGCGAUUUCCAUGAUCUUUGUCGAGGCCUCAGAGAGAGCGUCCUGACCAAGAUGAAGUACAUGUUUGAACUGACAGAGAAGAGGCCUCCUUACUGGGGACCUGUGGAGAGAAAUCCUCACAACAGCAUCCACGAACCAUUCCUGCUGGUGAACCAGGCUCCACCUUCCCCCAAGUACACGUGUGAAGAAGACUCUGAUGGUUUUGAGGUCAUUGACUAUGCCUAGCAAUCAUGUACCUCCCUCCCUCCCCUCUCACUCUCCAAUUUCUUAUCGUUUGUUGCUUUGAAUAAGUCACCAUUUGAGUUUGCACUGUUAUAUCAUAUACUCCUCAUAAAGUUUGUGUUUAACGUUGAAAGAAAGGUGUUGGGUUUUGAAAUUAUAUUACAACACAGCCAGCUCCUUUGUGUUCAUAACUUUUGUAAGCAUUGAUCAAUAAAAGAAAGGUGUUUUGGUUUUGAAAUUAUACACGGUGAAAGAUUGUUAGCUGGAAGUUCAAAGUCCUAGUGAUUUCCGGACCAAUUUCUGAGCCACUGCGUUGAACUGUGACCUGUCGUCUCUCCACAUCUUACAAGCGUCGAUGUUUGCACCACUCUCGUCGUUUGGCUCGGCCAGCAUGCUCACGACCGACAGCAGAAUCUUCUCAAUGCUCUGCACCGGGCUCCACCUCUCUGCAGCGGUCUCGUAUCCCAGAGGAUCGUCCCCCGGUGUGUGGAGAAUAGAGAUACAAACACGACCAUCCGGAUACACGUUUGGAUGGAACACUUCCGAGACGAAUUUCAUUUUGGGUGGACUGAGAGGAUAGUCAGUAGGGAAGAUGAGUUCCGUGACAAAGACCCCUCCUUCAAAUGCACAGUCUUCUGGCUCACGUGAUAAGUGCCUCCCAUUCAAAGAAGUUUUCCUCUGAUUUGGGUCCUCCAGAAAAAAUCCAUAGCUAAACGUCUGAGUCACGUGAGUACAAGCUAAUGACUGUCUUACCGGCCACUAUUCCCUCGGGAGAGUUCAGCGUCAACUCUGUGUAAAUAGAGCGAUAGGAAACGGUAACUGCUAGCCCGUGAGGCGAAGUACGAGAGCUACGUACGCUUGUAUUCUGCCAGUAGUCGCUUCAGUGCAGAACCAGCCAUUUUAUCGUUGGUCGCAUGCGCAUGCGCAAUAAUUCAACUCCAUUUAGAGCGCACCUUUAGGGGUGGAGCAAGAAAUCUCUCAAAAGCAAAAGGAGGCGGAAAGAGUCGGCGCUAUCAUGACGAGACGGAAGAGAGAGUCAGCGAACAAGAUGGACAUGAGUUUAGAUGACAUCAUAGCAAUGAACAAGAAAACGAGAGGGGGUCGUGGCAGAGGGAGAGGAGGAGCCCGCGGAGUCGGCCAGAAACGACCUUGGAACCGCCAGGCACAAACUGGACAGACAAGUGGUGGAGGAGGAGGAGGUGGUGUGAGUGCUCGACAGCAGAGGGUCCAGCAGAUUCAGCGGAGGGCUCGGAUGACGGUCCUCCGAAAGAGGCUCGGGACGGGACCGAAACCUGUCGUCUCUUUCAGUGUGGGGAGCAGAGCUGG